AACUUAUCGGAGAUGUUUUGCAUAUAUAUAUAUAACUUAUAAGGAGGUAGAUUACUUUGUAUGGGAAAUGGGAAACAUAUCCUUAGUCUUGUCUUAGUGGGAGGCUAGAAAAGAAAAAAAAUGUGUGACAAAUCUUAAAACUCUGAGCAGAAACAGAAGUAGGAUAGAUCUUCCUUUGGAGACAUGAAUCAAAACCCCGUUUGGAAUGGUGCUUAUGCUCCAAUUUUGAAGAGAUUUCAAGAAGUGGUCAAUGCCAAAAGAACCGGUGGUAAGAAAAAACAGUAUAAAGUGGUAAUACUUCGACCAAAACCAAGUGGAAUUCUGGAAAGUCCAAAUACAGUCCCUAAACACAAAGUUAACAUUAAAACAUAUCAAACAUUGGCAAACUUUACAAACAGCAGUUUGCCUCAAAAUUUAUCUUCACUUACAUCUGAUGGUGCAAAUCAUUCACCACCUGCUACUGACAUUAAAUCAGAGAUUUGUGAAGAUAAUUUAGAACCUUCAAAGAUUGUUUCAGGCUCAUGUGAUGAUGAUCCAGAAAAAAAUUCUCAGAAUUAUCCAGCAUUUCAGAUCUUCUCUACCUCUACACCAGGAGAAGAAAUACCUCCAGUUUCCCAAGAGAUAAAAUCAGAGGUUUGUGAAACAGAUCCAUCAUCUUCACUAUAUUCACAGCCUGCACCUGUGCCAUGCAGGGAGCUCGAGAGAAAUUCUGAAAAUUAUACUCCAUCUGGCCCACCUCCAUAUUUUACACUUCACACAUCAACACCUAAAGUCUCCACAAUUUCUGAAGUCCUCAAGUCUGAGACUGGUGAAGAGGAUCUAGAAUCUGCACAGCUCACAACUUUUUCAACUGUUAAACAAGAAUUGGCCAUGGAGAACUGUAUUUCAAAUGAUAAAUCUUUAGAUUUCUCUCAAGAUGUCUAUAGUGGAAAAGAAGUAUCAGAAAUUCCCAGAGAAAUCAAACCAGAGGUUUAUAUUGAAAAUUUAGAGUUUUCACCACAUCCCGAAUAUCCUUCUGUUUCAACCUUAGAAAAAGGCAGAUUUUCUGCUGAGAACUAUACCUAUACUGCUGAACCUUCUGAUUUCAAUUACCACAGCUCUUCUCUACCUUUUCACAUACCUGAAGAGAAUGGAACAGAAACUUCUUCAACAGUCAGUGCAAUCAAAGAUGAGGACUACUCAGUAUUUAAUCAGACAUCACAGGUCCAAAAUUCAGAACACAGAAGUACAUCAGAUGAAUUAAUAUUGACUGAACAUCUUGUUCCAGUAACAUUUAAACCUGCAAUUACUGAUCAAAUAGAAUCAUUCCAGAGAGAACCUGGUCAUACAACUGGACAUGCUAUGGAUGCAACCAACGUGCAACCAAUAUGCAAGUCCCUAGAUGAAUUUAUGCUGACAGCAAAGUUUUUUAAAUGUGGAUUGUGUGAUUCAGCAUAUAGGGAAUUCCAUGAAUUGGGGAAGCAUUUUAGGGCCAAACACACACGAACAUGUCUUGUUUGUUCAAAACCUGUACCCCUAUUGACGGACAUGCAAACUCACUUAACUCAUUGUCAACCAACUCAGCAAGGUCCUUUAUUUGCGAAUUGCCAAAUAUGUUCAAAGCAAGUAAGAGACAAGUCACUAGGCAUACACUAUAGGGUUCAUGGACUCAGGCCUCAGGAGAUAGUAUUUAGAUGUGAUACAUGUGGUAGGGAUUUCCCAUUUUGGAAAAGAAACAGUGAUUGUGUGCACUUAGAUGGUCAACCUUCCACCAGCAGAAAAAUGAUUUUAAAUUGCUGUUUCUGUAAAACCCAGUUUGAGGAAUUGCAGCCAUUUCAAGACCACUUGAAAGAAGUUCACGCAGUAAAUGGGCCAGAAAUAUUCCCUUGCAAUAUAUGUUCAAAGAUUUAUAGUCGUCAAUGUUAUUUACAGAGGCACCUGGAGUGCCAUGAAAGAAGAAGGCAACGCUUGAUCGAACGGGAAAUACAGCGUGAGAUCGAACGGAAAAGGUGUCGUGAAUAUCAGAAGCGUCUAAAGGCUCUGAAGAAACGUGAUAAAAGCAAGCUCAGGAGGUGUACUGUUUGUAAGAAAUUUGUCAUUCAAGCAAGGAAGAUUUCAGAUCACCAAGAAAAAGAUAUGCUCCAAAGCAAAGAACAUAGGGAGGUAAACAAUCUCAAUUUUAUGUGCACAAAAUGUAAGGAACGAGCUAAGUUUAAAUUAACUCUGUUGAAAUAUAGGAUGGUCCAAAAAGUCCACAGAUGUCAGGUUUGUUCAAGGACAUUUGUUACGUUCUUUCACUUGACAUCACAUAUGAAUAGUCACGUGUCCAGCACAGAAAAGACCUGUGUUAUCUGUUGGAAGACAUUUAGUCAAAACAGAAAUCUAAGGCUUCACAUGAAAAGUCAUGCAGUUUUUCACAGGUUUUCUUGUAAAUUGUGUAGGAGAAAAUUCACUUAUCGCCAUCAGCUUAACAUCCAUAAUCAAUUACAUUACAACCCAGCACUUUUCUGUUAUGUCUGUUGCCAGGACUUUGAUAAACUUUACCGAUUUGUUGUUCACAAGAAAAAGGAUCCUAAAAUGCACAAAAGGAAAUCCUAUCCAAAGGAAAAAAACCUUCACACUAUGAAUCCUGGAAACCAGACAGCAUCUUAUAAGUGUGUUGUCUGUAAGGAAGAAUUUAGGUACAAGAAAUGGUUAGACUAUCAUCAAAUGACAACUCUGGACUUGAAGCACAAUAGAUUUUGCUUUGUGUGUGGAAAAAUGUUCAAACUACCACGAAUGUUGAGAAAGCAUAUGAAAACUCACCCAAAAGAGCCAGAAAAAUUAAGAAAAUCUUUCCUUUGCCACAUCUGUGGUAAGCUUUUCAUGCAAAGAACAAAUCUGUGUUCCCAUAUAAAGUCCCACACUGUGAAAGAAAUUAAAAACCCUGGAACACAAACGAGGUCCCCAGACAGAAGUUCUGUGUAUGAGUGUGGUCUCUGUAUCAGGGUGUUUUCUAGGAAGAAAGAGAUGUUGAUGCACAGAAAGGUACACGAAAGACUUGUCAGUCACAAAUGUGAAGUUUGCAGUGCUGUGUUUGCCAGUCUGUCUGCGUUGAGCCACCACAGGCAUAAAGUACAUCAUAUUGAAUUUAAGCGAAUUUGUUAAUCAGCAAUGCAUACGUGAAAAACUGAAUUUAAGGGGAAAUACAUUUUUAUUUAAAAAAUGGACAUAUAGAUGCUAAAUGAGUACAAAUUAGUAUACAUUAAUGUCAACAUAUUGAUCACUGUUAAUUAUUGGAAAUAUAUCCUUAUAUAUUACAAUACAAUAUAGUAGAACCAAUGACA